CCUCGCAUUCGCAAGAUGCCCUAUAUAGAUCGUAGUUUUCGCUCAGAUCAACCUUUUUCUUCUUCUCAAUUACCAGCUGUGGCUGAAUCCAAACGCUCCUGUUUCUUCGUAAAUUUUCAUGUCCAUCUCGCCUACCUACGCCCAAAGUUCCGAAGCGGCUACAUCUCGAACUCUCUCUCAAAGCCCUUAUUCCGAUAAUGGACUCCUUCAAGCUCCAGAACGUAUCGAGUCUCGAGCCGCUGUCCCCACCCACAGUCAGACUCUUGGAUCGAUGGAGAUCCCCUUUUCCGACACUUCGUCCGGUCACUUUGACGGGAUUUCCGAUCCAAUGCCUUCUGCUGGAACAGGUUGUGGUGGAUCUUCCAAGAAGGUGAAUGACUUAAGAACACCUGAUGGUAAGAAAAUAUCAUUUCACCAAAGCCACAGUGCCUGUCCUCAGUGUCGUACAUCUAAUCAAGGAGGGAUAUUGAGAUGUGAUCAUGUUGGAUCUGCUCAACCCAAUGGAAAAGUGUUUGGAGCUGCCAGUUCUCCACAAAACCCCGCAUCCGGGUCUGCCAAUAUUUCUAGCAGUACCACACAUUCAGCAAUAAGAAAAAACCAGAUGAUGAGUGCUAACCACUUGCUGAAUUUUCAUUAUGAUCCUAUUUCUCGUCCUCAACCAAGGAUUCCUCCUCCAAGGAGGCAGCACAAGAUAAAGCCUUACAAUAAAGAUCUAUUCCUUCAGGCAAACUAUAAAUUUGUUGUGUUAGACUCUGGAAACUAUGCGCUUGAGUCAAGGGAUCCAGAUAAAAUGUUAGAAUGGGAGGAUGUUAUUUGUGUGAGAUACUUCACACCACUCACUGUGCGCUGUCCCAUUUGCUUGGAAAGCCCUUUGUGUCCACARAUAACCUCAUGUGGUCACAUAUUUUGCUUCCCUUGUAUUUUGCAGUACUUGCUAAUGGGUGAGGAGGAUCAUAAAGGUGAAUGCUGGAAAAAAUGCCCCCUAUGUUUUAUGAUGAUAUCUUCAAGGGAUUUAUAUACCAUCUAUAUUGAAAAUGUAGAGCAGUACUGUGUUGGUGACCAUGUGAAAUUUGCACUUCUAACAAGAGCAAAAGAUUCAGUAGUACCCUUUCAGAAAAAUCAGCUGGGAAAAGAAUCUUUACCUUGCAGCAGUGAUGAACUCUGUGACUCCUUUUCCAAGUUCACAUUGACAUUAGAUGUGGAACUAUCAACCAGGGAAGCAAAAUCAGAACUAGAUGGUUGGUUAGCUAGAGCAGAGUCUGGCCUGGUUGAUGAUUUAGAGAAGCUUCCAUAUGUUUGUGCAGCACUUGAACAACUACAGCAGAGAAAGAAAUGCUGGACCGAGCAACAUGCUUGCAGGAGUGAUCUGGCUUUAAGAAGUGCAGGUAGAUCUUCAUGUGAAAUGCCAUUCAUUGGUGGUGGUUUCAUGGGUGAACCAAAAUUGUUGGAUAGUUCAAGCCCAGAAAAACUAGACAAAAAAGAUAGUUUGUUUCAAACUGCUGAUGUGUCUGAAUCAAUUGAAGGUCAAGAACGAGUGAUAUCUUCCCCAUCUGAAGAGAGGAAAUUUCUACGAAAGCAAUCAACUGGCUAUGAAGAUGUAACAGAGAGGGACUCCUAUAUUUUCUACCAGGCAAUUGAUGGACAACACCUGAUUCUUCAUCCAUUAAAUAUGAAAUGUCUUCUGCACUACUUCGGGAGCUAUGAUCAGCUUCCACCCAGAAUUAGUGGUAAGAUUUUACAGUUGGAGACUGUGACUCAAUCAGAGGCCAUGAGGAGACGCUAUCGUUUUUUAAGUCAUUUUUCCUUAACAACAACAUUUCAGCUUUGUGAAAUUGAUCUGACUGAAAUGUUGCCUCCCGAUGCCCUGUCUCCAUUUAUUGAAGAAAUCAAGAAGCGUGAAAAUCAGCGGAAGCGGCUUGCUAAGAAGGAACGUCAAGAGAAGAUCAAGGCUGAAGCUGCUGCCAUGAAUGCUAUGUCCAUACCAUCCAAUUAUCCACACUCUUCUUACAAGGACACAACAUUCUCGAUGGACGACUUUGAAGCUUUGGGAAAUUCCACCAUUCCAACAUCAGGUCCGACGAUUAUUGGUGAAAGGAAACUCUUCUCAGAUGUGACAAGGCUUGGUUUUGCUGCUGGGCAUGAUUCUCCUUCCUUGAAAGUUGAAUCUUCUGAUGGUUUGAGCAACACGGAAGCGGCAACCAAUGCUUCUGGCCUAACUGGUCCUAGGAGUGCCGCUACCUUGUCAUUUGCAAAUAUUAUAUCCACAGCCAAUUCUUCUGAGAGCCUGGAUGUCCCAAAGAUGAAUGGGUUUGGGAAGAAGGGGAAAAAACCAACUCGAGUUCUCCUCUCCACGGCAGGUGGUAGGCGCUACUAGAGGUUUGUGCACGGCCUGUGGACUAUCAGUAUGUUUUAUCUUCAUUUGACCUUGAUGUAAAUUGGGUGAAGCCACGGCCCUUGCCUGUGGAUCCAGUAAGAAGUUGAUAAACUACAUAGGUUGGCAUUUUCUUCUACAAUGUAUAGAGUCGAAUAAAUGUUUUCUUCUGUGUGUAUCUUGGGCAGCAAGCACAACGCAACUCGAAAGGAUUUUUAAAGUUGUAAACCUAUUGUUGUCAUAUUACCAAACACAUCAGUAUAUAUAUCACACAAUAUACUUAGACGCUGUAA